AUGGCUGAAGAAAAUUAUACCAUACAAAACGAGUUUAUCCUCACAGGAUUUACAGAUUACCCAGAGCUGAAGACUUUACUGUUUGUGAUGUUCUUUGCCAUCUAUCUGAUCACCAUGGUAGGGAAUCUGGGCCUGGUGACACUGAUUUCAAAAGAGCCUCGUCUUCACACACCAAUGUACAUCUUUCUGGCCAACCUGGCUCUUGUGGAUUCUUGCUGUGCCUGUGCCAUUACCCCUAAAAUGUUAGAGAACUGCUUUUCUGAGAACAGGAUGAUUUCUCUCUAUGAAUGCAUGGCACAAUUUUAUUUUCUUUGCACUGUUGAAACUGCAGACUGCUUUCUCUUGGCAGCAAUGGCCUAUGACCGGUAUGUGGCAAUAUGCAGCCCACUGCAGUACCACACAAGGAUGUCAAAGAAACUCUGCGUUCAGAUGACCACGGGGGCCUUCAUAGCUGGAAACUUGCAUUCCAUGAUUCAUAUAGGGCUUCUAUUUAGAUUAACUUUCUGUGGAUCUAAUCACAUCAACCACUUUUAUUGUGAUAUUCUUCCUUUAUACAGACUCUCCUAUGUUGAUCCUUAUGUCAACGAACUGGCACUAUUUGUCUUUUCAGGGUCAAUUCAGGUCUUCACUAUAGGUAGUGUCUUAAUAUCUUAUCUCUACAUUCUUUUUACUAUUUUCAAAAUGAAAUCCAAAGAGGGAAGAUUCAAAGCCUUUUCUACCUGUGCAUCUCAUUUUGUGUCUGUCUCAUUAUUCUAUGGAUCACUCUUCUUCAUGUAUAUUAGACCAAAUUUGCUUGAAGAGGGGGAUAAAGAUAUACCAGCAGCUAUUUUGUUUACAAUAGUAGUUCCCUUACUAAAUCCCUUUAUUUAUAGCCUGAGAAAUAAGGAAGUAAUAAGUGUCUUAAGAAAAAUUCUGAAGAUAAAAUCUUAA